AUGUCAACUGAAGAAAUGAUUAGAUCACUAACUUCUAAUGUUUCUACCAUGCAGCAGAAUAUGAUGCAGUUUCAACAAGAAACCAGAUUAAGUAUUCAAAACCUGGAGAAUCAAGUCAGUCAAAUCUCAAGUGCAGUAAGCCGACUUGAAGCUAAGGACUCUCGAAAGCUUCCAUCCCAAACAGAGCUGAACCCUAAGCAACAAGUUAAUGCAAUAACAUUGAGAAGUGGCAAAAAGUUGCAAGAAACUGUAGUUGCACCUAAGAAGGCUAAAGACUUGAUUGGAGUUGAGGAGGAGGAAGUAGAACAAGAAACUAAGGCGAAUCCGCCAACCUUUACCUCUUAUGAGCCUGUGCCACCUUUCCCAGAAGCCUUGCAAGAUACUCGAAGGUAUGAGAAAGACAAGGAUAUUUAUGAGACUUUCAGCAAAUGUGAGAAACUCCCAGAAAAAUGUGGUGAUCCUGGUAUGUUUACUAUUCCUGUUACAAUAGGAGACACCACAUUACACCGAGCCAUGUUGGACCUAGGUGCAUCAAUCAAUGUCAUUCCCUACUCCCUGUUUAAAUCUUUAGAACUUGGGCCUUUGCAUGAAACUGGGGUAGUAAUUCAGUUAGCUGAUAGGUCCAAUGUAUAUCCUAAGGGGGUAGUAGAAGAUGUACUUGUUAAGGUUGAUGGAUUGAUCUUUCCUGCUGACUUUUACGUCCUUGACAUGGAACAUGACAAACAAGCAGCCCCCAUCCUGUUAGGAAGACCUUUCUUAAAGACUGCUAAGACAAAAAUCGAUGUGUCUACCGGUUCUUUGACUAUGGAGGUUGAUGGGAAAGCAAUUGUGUAUAACAUUUAUGAUACCAUAAAGUAUCCUGUUGAUACUCAUUCUUUAUAUUCUAUAAAUGUUGUCGAUCCAAUAUUGCAUGAUGUUUCUAACAUUGAUCAUGGGGAUGAGCUCCUCACACCUAUUACUAAUGUUGUGUCUGGUGAUUGCUUGGAUUCUUCUAUACCUACUAAUGUGCAGGUGAAGGUGGCGGAAUUGAAUGAACAGUCCAAGCUUCCACCUAUACCACUAGGGGCAACACCCACCCCGUCAUCAUUUCCGGGCAAGAAAUUAUCCCAGGUAUACCACAAAGCAAAGAAUAAGGUGUGGCAUGACAAGAUGAGCUCCCGUUGGAAGGGUCCAAUUCAAGUUGACAAGGUCUAUCCGCAUGGAGCGGUAGAAAUUCGGAGUUUAGAGACCAACAACAUGUUCAAAGUGAAUGGAAAAAGGCUCAAACCAUACUACGAAGGGUUCAAGGUCGAGAAUUUGGAGAACAUCGAUCUCUACGAGCCAUCAAUUGAUUAA